CGUGAAAGGUUCGAUUGAUUUUUCUAUUGAUCCACGACAAACGAUCGCGAUCUUUCUCUGCAAUAUUUCCAUUCGAAAAUUUCGAUAAUUCAAUUUUAAAUAAUCGAAAAAGAAAAUCGUUUUUCCAUCUAAUUAAAGAUGUGGUGUAAAAAUAUUCCUCAAAUUUCGCGACGAUGUUCGAGAAGCAUUUUAAAAAAUUACUAUACGACGAACGAACGUUCUUGCCGGGAAACGACGGAAAAUAGCGAGAGAUCACCGAGGAUACUUAUCACGGGUGGUCUUGGACAAUUGGGUACCGAGUGCGCGAAACUCCUUCGAAAAAACUAUGGAAACGAAAAUGUGAUACUUUCUGAUAUAAUUAAACCGACCGAAGAAAGUCCAUCCAAUGGACCUUUCAUUUUUGCGGAUAUUCUUGAUUUCAAGGGUCUCCAAAAAAUCGUGGUCAAUUAUAGAAUCGAUUGGCUGAUCCACUUCAGUGCUCUCCUUAGUGCUGUUGGUGAACAGAACGUUCCUCUUGCUGUGAGAGUCAACAUAGAAGGGAUGCAUAACGUUAUUGAAUUGGCAAGACAGUAUAAAUUGAGAAUAUUUAUCCCAUCGACGAUUGGAGCAUUUGGUCCAGAUUCACCAAGGAAUCCCACCCCGAAUGUGACCAUUCAACGACCACGAACAAUUUAUGGUGUUAGUAAAGUACACGCUGAACUGUUAGGCGAAUACUAUCAUCACAGAUUCGGUCUUGAUUUCCGGUGUCUCCGAUUUCCGGGGGUAAUUAGCAACGACCCACCGGGUGGUGGUACCACAGAUUACGCAGUCGCUGUUUUCCACGAAGGUUUGCUUAAUAAGAAAUACGAGUGUUAUUUGGAACCUUACACGAGAUUGCCGAUGAUAUACAUAGAGGACUGUCUAUCUGCGCUUUUUCAGUUUUUAAACGCACCAGACGAACAAUUGCAGCGAAGAGUUUAUAAUGUCACUGCGAUGAGCUUCACUCCUGAAGAAUUGUUCAAUGAACUGAAGAAAUACGUUCCUGAUCUGAAGAUCACGUACAAACCAGAUGGGCGGCAGUAUAUUGCUGAUAAUUGGCCACAAGUGUUCGAUGACAGCGAGGCACGACGAGAUUGGGGAUGGAAACAUAAAUACGAUUUAGAAAAAGUUGUGGAAUCAAUGGUACGCGAUGUUAAGACGAACUCUUUUAGUAGACGAUCAUUAAAAGAAGUCAAUAGUUAUGUAUAAUGCGCAGAAAUGCCUAGGAAAUAAUUCAUGUGAAUUAGAAAAGUUAUAAGAAUAUUAUUUAUUUUAUAAUAAAAUUAUGAUCAACAAAUAUUACGACAA